AAUACGGGUGUAACUGGAACUUAGGCGCUUAUGAACCAACGAGAAUACCAAUGUCAAUGUAAUUCGAAGAUUGUGCUAUAUUUUGAUGUGAUUUUGGCACAAGGUUAUGUUUUCGUAUGACGGUGUAGUUUGUUUUCAUUGUAAGUGACGUCUGAAAUACACUUGAGAAAAGAGUUGCCCUCGGAAUUCGUCGUAACCCCCUCAGGUUUGAUUUUCAAAAAAUAUAGUUGUUUAUCAUGGAUCAUGCAUACACAAUGAGUGGUUCAUCAAUUAUGCAGACUAAUUCUGCAGAAGUUGACGAGGAAGGAGACAUAGAUCAUGACCUGGAGGAUGUCCAUGAAAAUGAUCCCAACAUUGUGUAUGAUGCAAAUCAAGAAGAUGACAGUAUGGAUGACUGCGCAGAAGAUAGAACUAAUCACACAUAUGAGAAUGUAGGUGAUGAUGUACCCGACGAUUAUCCGAUACAGACAUUUUCUGUGCUAUUACCAACAGAGGAAUGGAUGCAAAUGCUGCCUCCACAAUAUUUACUACACUACAUUCGGGAGCGCACAGUGUUCCGGGACUCAGGGAAAGCAUCACGAGAAGGCAGAGAAUCAACUGCUCCCUUGAAGCGAGGCUGGCUUCAGGGUGCCUGGAGAGAAACCUUAAAAGAAGCCAUAGCCAAACAGACUGGCAUUCCUUGUGUGAUUAAUUUUAACUCUAGCAAUUUUCUAAAGCAGCCAUUUUCCCGAAAGGUGGGACCUCCCCUAUGGCGAGUUCGCGCUUGUUGCCGUCAGGAUGACGGUCUUUGCCUGAAAUUUAACUUGAGGGUCCAGGAUUUCCAUCCAAGCAAACCGCAGGUUGAAAUUGUUGUGGAAGCCCUGGGCACACUAUUAGAGGGCCAAGCAGGUGAAGAACGUCACACAAUUACUGCAUCUGACCACAUGAAAGCAAUCAAAAGUUUACAGCGAUUCAAUGCCAGCUCAUCCCAGAACAACUCAAAUGGAUUCGUAAACUGCGACAUGUCCGUCGACGACCCGACGCUCGAGGCCGACGACGGAGAGGUGCAGCGGCUGAAGUUGUCCGUGCCCACCACCGACUGGAUCUCGUUCCUGCCGUCCGAGGCGGCCGAGGCGUACGUGCUGGAGCGCUCCAACGUGGCCAAGGACCGCCUGGCCCUGGAGGGGCAGGAGGCGUGGGCCAAGGGGCUGCGCCACUUCGUGCCUCGCGUCACCAAGGAGUGCCGGCAGUACCUGAAGCGCGCGCUGGCGGAGCGCACGGGCCUUCCCUGCCGCAUCGGGCUGACGGGCCGCUGCCACCUCAAGCCGCCCUUCUCGCGCAAGAAGCGCGCGCCCCUCUUCGUCACCAACGGCUUCUGCGGCCGCAAGGACCUCAAGUGCCUGCGCUUCAGGUUCACCGUGCAGGACUUCGACCCGCAGGCGGCCACGGUGACGGUGGACGUGGAGAUCCGCGGCAGGCUGCUGACGGGGCCCGAGGGCGACGACCGCCACAGCAGGCGGCCGACGGACGACCCGCUGUCCGUCCCCAUGAGGGGCACCAAGAGGGCGGCCGGCGCCGGCGACGCCGCCGGCCGCGGCAAGAGGCAGCGCCGGCACUCCAAGAAGGGCUCCGCGACGGACUCGGACGUCGCCGGCGAAGGGCCGCACGCGUACGCGGUCGGGGCCCUGCAGACCGAGGCCUGGCCGGAGGAGUUCGACCUGAACGCGGCGGAGGUGAUCCUCGACGAAGGCAAGGCGGGCGCGGGGUACGCGGCCACGGACGACGCCGUCAACACGAUCCAAGUCAUGUCGGAGGUGAACGGCGCCGAGAGUGCGCUCGGCGAGGACGCGGCGCGCGAACUCGUGCAGCUCGCCAACGAGGCCCUGUCGCUGGCGGGCGGCAACGCGGUCGACGGCUCGGGGCAACUUACCGCCACCAAAAUCGUGCAGAGCGGCGACCAGGUCUUCAUCUUCGUGUCGGACCCGAAUGAGCCCCAGGACGGCCAGGGCGCCACCAUCGAAGCAGUGGAGGUCAACUGCGACGAGCUGGCCGCGGAGCACGGUGGCGUGCGGGUGGCGGAGAACGAAUCCGAGGAGAUCGUCCAGACGAUGGACGGCAAUGGCUCCCUCGCCGAGUUCCUGCUCCCUAACCCGGAGCCAGAGCCGCAGCCGGAGCCGGAGCCGGACGCGCCCUGCAUGGAGUACCGCUGGCAGCUGCACCUGCCCAUGACGGACUGGCUGAAGCUGCUGCCCGCCAAGAGCCUCCGCUACUACAUCCACGAGCGCACGGUGGGCCGCGAGGUGUGGGUGGAGGAGGGCUGGGAGCGCCAGUUCCGCAGCCAGACGCUGCAGAACGGGUGGCGCGACAUGGUGCGGCGCGCCGCCGUGGAGCAGACCGACAUCCCCUGCCAAGUGUGCUUCCGCGGCCGCAGCUCCCUCAAGCUGCCCUUCUCCCGCAAGCACGCCGCGGCGCUGUGGCGCACCCAGGGCUACUGCGCCCGGGGCGACCGCAACUGCCUCAUCUACAAGUUCUGCGUGCAGGACUUCCACCCGGACGAGGAGACGGUCACCGUGCAGGUGUAUGCGGUGGGCAAGCUGCACCGGGACUGCAGGCGCUGGUUCCGUGGCGAGGGGACGCUGGUGGACAUGGAUUCCGUGACCAGAGACUGGCCCCAGGGCGACGUGGAGGGCGACGGCGAGGCGGAAGAUCUCGACGACCAGAGCCAGCGGCGCCUGCUGCAAAUCAAGCAGGAGCCGCUCGACACGGCCGGGGACGACUGGGACGACAGCCACAUGAUGGACGACACCGAGCUUGAGCAGGACCGGGACGACGAGGAGGAGCGGGUGUCGACGACGCAGGGUGCGACCAGGCAGGAAGCGAGGACGACGCCACUGGCGACGACGCAGGUGUCCAGGGCGCCGACGGCGGCGAAAGAGGCUGCGAAAGAAACCGUGGCGGCCACUGGAGACGCCGUGGAGGCUGCCGGCGAGGAGAUGUACCAGGCCGUGCUGAAGAGUCUCGUUACGUUCAAGACGAACCUCCACGCGGCCCGGCGCUGCCCGCUCAAGAUGCAGGCGGCGCUGCGACUGGUGCGCAACGCGGACAGCAUGGCGGCGGCGCCCUGCAAGACGCCGGACUGCCUGUGCCGGCCGCCGCAGCCGACGCCGCCGCCGGCGAGGUCGCCGGCCAAGACGACGCCAGGGUCGCCGUCCAAGACGCCAGAGUCCCUGUGGCAGAAGGUGACGCGGGCGGGCCCCGUGGUUCUGACGGCCAUCAAGCAGCAGCCGAGCAUCAUCAGGCUGUCGCCGGCGCAGAUCGCCGCCAACGCGCGUCGCGGCGGCACCGGCACGACGCCCACCUUGACCGCCGCCACCGCCACCUCCACGCCCGGCGUGCUGACGCCGCGGUCCUCCAGCAAGCUGGUCAGCCUGUCCUCCGCCAUCGUGCGCUCCGCCGUGCUCACGCCGUCCAUCAUCAAGCCCUCGGUGGCCGUGCAGCCCGCCGACACGACGCCGCGCCGCGCGGCCGUCCCUCCGACGCCCCGGCCGGCGCAGCCACCCACGUCGCAGUCCGUCGUGUCGUCGUCGCAGGACACCGACCCGCUCGCCCUCGACGACGGCGACCUCGCUGCGGCCCGCGACCAGGGCGCCGACCAGGGCGCCGACCCCUCCUGGAUCGUGGACGAGAUGCGCAGCGUGAUCCUGGGCGGCGAACAGCAAGGCGUGGCCCUCAAGCAGACCACCAAGACCACCAUGGCGCCCAACCAGAAGCCCGCUGAGAAGACUGCCGUGACGCUCCCCGUAAAGACCGCCGUCAGGCCUGUGGUGAAGACUGUUGUGAAGCCCAUGGUGAAGACCGUGGUGAAACCCGCCGUGACCACCACAGCGAAGCCUGCCGAGAGGCCCGCCCCGAAGCCUGCUGUCGCGCUAGCUGUGAAGCCUGCCCCCACCUCUGUCGUGAAGCCCGUCGCCAAGACCGUCGAGAGGAUCAUCGAGAAGCCCGUCGCCAAGCCCGCGCCGAAGGCCCCCGAGAAGAGGGUGGCCAUGGUCGCGGCCAAGCCAGCCUCCACCGUUGGGGAAGCGGUGUCCACAGUGUCCCCGGUGUCCCCGCCCAGGAACACCAGGAUCAUGGUGAAGAAGGUGGGGCACAGUGUGACGGCCGACGACCUGCCCCUGGUGGAGCGCGCGCUGCGGUCGCUGGAGCGCACCUCGCAGGAGGCCGUGGCCACGGCCGUGUCCGUGUCCUCGGCCAAGCCGGUGCAGCAGAAGGCGACCACCAAGACCGUGUACGCGCCUUCCCGCCCGGUCACCAGGGGCGUCACCAAGAUGGUCUCGGCCAGCUCCACCGACCCGCCUCCUCUCGUCCCCAUCAGGAAAGGUCCGACCGCAAACAAGCCCCAGGCAGCUGCGACGCCAAGCGGACCCGGCAGGGUGUCGAGAGUCGCUGUGGCGUCCACCAGCAAGCCAGCGGACUCGCCAACGCCAGCCACAGCGCCCGACCCGCAAACACCCAAAGUUUCUACCAGAGCAGAUGAGGCAAGACUCGUGUCAUCUGUGAAGGCGCUCUUUCCGAAAGGGAAAGUGUUAAUAUUAAAGCCUUCAGCAGCACCUAUACUUCGAUCCAGUCCUCGAAGACCUUAGUAAAUAAGGUUUUUAGUCAUGUACAUAUAAAAGUAUAAUAAAAUCAAAAGUACAAGUGUGUAUAAAUUACUAUAUAUAAUUAUUAUUGCUGUGUUACAUUAAGAGAAUGAUUGUCAUGUAUAGAGGUUCUUGUUGUUUCCUAUGAUUUACUACAAUGAUGUCCUGGUUGUCGUUUCCUUUGCUUGUGUUUUUUAAACCUCUGAAAUUUUGAAUUAUUCAGAUGACUGAUCUCAAUUUAUUUUGAAUUGUAUUGUAAUUGUGUGCAAUGUUUGUAGAGAUAAGUAGAUAUUUACUUAUUUCAAAUUGACCUUAAGUAGGAAAUUAAAAACUAUUCAGCCUCAUG